ACAGCAUUCGUGGAGCUCGGACGUGGUAGAGAAGUGCGUCUGUCUGCUUGUUUCUGUUUGUUUUUGGAGUUUCCAUCACGGAUUCAUCAGGAACAUCGUCGCUGCCGUCGCCGCCGUCGUUGCCGGUCCGGGAAUGUGUGGUGCAUCUGCGUUCCGUUCGCUCGUUUCACUGCAGAUGAAUUAAUUGCUGAAAAUAUUUAAAGGCAUAUUCAUUGGAGCGACCACAAAUCCAAUUACACAUAACCAUAUUCAUAUUAAUACUUGUUAUUCGUUGUUCGUUAUUCGUGGAGUGUUUUGUGUGUAAUUACUUAAUUGAGCAUCGCAUCGCAUCGCGUUAAGCAGAUCCCAGCAAAAAAGAGAAAAGGGUUUGCACACUCCACACGCCACAUUACAUCUUGGGUCAGAACAGGAACCGAAACAGAAACAGAAAAAGAAACCAUCAAAAUUGAUUGCUUUAACAUGGACUCGAACUCGGUGAGCCCCCUGCCACCGCUGGAAGCACCAUUGGCCAUGUUGGACAGCGAGAAGACACCGCCGGGUACACCAAAUGGCAUUGAGAUGCCACCACCGCCAGACGAGAAGCGCUACGAGGAGGAUCCGGACAAUGCCUGGAAUUGCUGCUCCUGGUGCGAGUACUUGCUGAUCGUGAUCCUCUCCACCAUUCUGCUGGUGGGUGUCCUGGUGCUGACCCUCUUCUGGGUGAUGUUCUAUCGCGAUGGCUUCGCCUGGUCGGAGAGCCCCAAGCAGCAGUUCAAUCUGCAUCCCAUCCUGAUGAUUGCCGGUUUCGUAACUCUCUCUGGAUUUUCCAUCUUGAUCUAUCGUUUGUGCCGGUGCGUGAAGCACAUCUAUGUGAAGCUGAUCCACAUGUUCUUUCACGCCAUUGCCAUUCCGUGCAUCGCCCUGGGUUUCCUCUCCGUCUUCGACUCCCACGAGGCGUUGCAAAAGGUGAACUUCUAUAGCCUGCACUCGUGGCUGGGUUUCGUGACUAUGGGCAUGUUUGUGCUGCAGUUUGUGAUCGGUUUCUUCAGCUUUCUGGUGAUGCUCUGCUGUGAGAACAAGACCUACAGCUGCCGCUCCGCCAUGGUGCCCAUACACGCCAGUCUGGGUCUGGCCAACUUCUGGCUGGCCAUUGCCACAUCUGUGACGGGUCUCAUUGAGAAAGAGCGCGAGACGGUGGCCGAGACCAAUGUGAGCGCCGAGAAUAAGCUCAUCGAGCAUUACAUCACCAGUGCCAUCGGCAUCACACUGAUCUUCAUCGGCAUCAUCGUCACCUUUGCGGUGCGACGAUCCAACGCCCCUGCCUCGGCCAAAGUCUACGUAACCGAACGCAUUUAGGAUGUUGGCUGUCGGCUCCCAGCUGGCGCCCAGCCAACCACAGCCAGUGCAGGAAGAGCGUCUCCAAGCAUCCAAGGAUCAUGUGUGGUUUCGUUGUGGAUUCAGAGCUUUGAACCAUUGUCGUCCUGUCGAAAGGCCUAGCACAAAACAGAUCACGCUUCUGCAUCUGCAUACUCUAUCCUAUCCAUACCAUACCAUACCUGUUACAACGUUUUACAUACAUGUAUAUGCCAAAUUGAAUUCCCUUCAUGUAGUCUUACUCUACUGCGUAAAUCAAAAACCUUUCUCACCCA